AUGAAGAUGCUGUCCAUCCUGACGUUUUGUGCUCUCCGCGCGGUCACCUGUCACGCCUCCCAUGCUUCCCGAAAUGACGAUGAUGUUCGGGACAGAAGGGAAUUUGGCUCCGUUGUCGAUGGCAUACAAGCAAAGAUCCUGAAAACCCUCGACGACAGAGAGGAAAUUCUUCAUUCGAGAGGAGUCGAGGCUCGUUGCACAUCGAAGAAUGUUGUUUUCCGCCGGGAAUACGGCGCUCUUACCGAAGCGGAGAGGUUGGACUAUGUUAACGCUGUGAAGUGUCUCCAAGGCCUGUCGGCCCGGACUCCGGAGAGCGUGGCGACCGGAGCAAAGUCUCGAUUUGACGACUUCAUUGUGACGCACGUUCAGCAGACUUUGACCAUCCAUUUUACUGGCAACUUCCAGCCGUGGCAUCGUUGGUUCGUCUACGUAUACGAGCGUGCUUUGCGCGAUGAGUGCGGCUACAAAGGGUAUCAACCAUACUGGGACUGGCCCAAAUAUUCCUCGGCACCGCAGGACAGUCCGAUUUUCAACGGUGACCGCUAUAGCUUGGGCGGCAAUGGAGAUUUUGUACCUCACGACGGCCCAAUCGCUAAGUCGCCGAAUGGCCUGCCGCUUCCCGGUCUCGGCAUGCAGCUGCCACCAGGGCUUGGAGGAGGAUAUGUCACGACUGGGCCCUUCGCAAACAUGACGAUCAAUCUUGGCCCAAGAAAUAGCGUCGCAUACAACUCCCGGAGGAUAAGAAGGGAUGUCGGGCCCACCCUGACCAUCCGUUACGCGAACUAUACCACAGUUUUGGAUAUGCUACGGAAGUCAAACAUUGACGACUUCCGGUAUCUCUCAGAGGGGACUCCAUACAGUAUUGAGAUUGGACCACAUAUUGCCGCCCACGCUGCCAUCGGUGGGGAUCCUGCCGGCGAUUUAUUCAUCUCCCCCGGUGAUCCGGCAUUUUAUACCCACCACGGAAUGAUGGACCGCAUGUGGACGCUAUGGCAAGCGAUUGAUCCUGCGACACGACGCGACGACCUGGGUAGAGGAGAGUAUAGCCACACUACAUGGGCAAACACUCCGCCUUCAAAAGAGACGAACUUGAGUGAUAUUCUCGACCUAGGUUAUGCCGGCGAGAGCAUUCAGAUUGCAGACGUCAUGGACACGCUCUCCGGACCGUUUUGCUACUUCUAUCUGUAG